AUGCUGGGCCCACUCACGAUCCGUGUGCUGGGCCCAUUCAUGGUCCGUGUGCUGGGCCCACUCGAGGUCCGUUUGCUGGGCCCGCUCGAGGUCCAUGUGCUGGGCCCACUCACGGUCUGUGUGCUGGGCCCACUCAUGGUCCGUGUGCUGGGCCCACCCGAGGUCCAUGUGCUGGGCCCACCCGGGGUCCGUGUGCUGGGCCCACUCACGGUCCGUGUGCUGGGCCCGCUCAAGUUCAGUGUGCUGGGCCCACUCACGGUCCACACUGGGCUCAUGCCACCACUGUUGCCACCCGAGCCCAAAGGAAAAGGCUUCGAAGAACAGGAAAUGAACCGUCACCUGGUUGAGGAGCUGCUGACCUGCUCAGUUUGUCUUGAGCGUUAUAAUAGGCCCAAGCUCCUGCCUUGCCAGCACACUUUCUGCCAAGAUCCCUGCCUGAGCAGCCUGGUGGACCAAGAUGGGAGAGAGGUGAAAUGCCCCGAAUGUCGGAGCAUCCAUGCCAUCCCCCGAGAAGGAGUCAUCGGGUUCCCAAGCAACAGGACCAUCCUUGGCUUUCUGGACAUCCCCCUGGGGCAAAUGGCCAGCCAGGUUGAAAAUGGCAGGGCUCUAACCUGUGGCUCGUGCAGCCUGAAGGAAGAGUUGACUACGUGCCACCACUGCCAGGAACAGCUUUGCCAGUCCUGCCACCUCUUGCAUAUGGAGCAGCUGCAGUUGGACCUCAGAAGCUUGGUGUCCCAGUUGAGAAGGUCCAUUCCUAAACUCUCCGAUGCCCUCAGGGACUUGGAGUGGCGGUCCGUGUCUCUCAAGGAGAACAGAGAAGCAGUGCGAGCUGAAAUCCACUGCAGUGCAGAACAGUACCUGGCUGAGUUAAAGGAGCGGGAGCAGGCAUUAAUUCUAGAGGUGGAGAGCCUGGUACAAAGCUCAAGCAGGACUCUGCGGAGAAAGCAGGAGGAUCUUGAGCUUGGUUUUGCCACUGUAUGCAGCCACUGUGACAGCGUUGACAGCAGACUGGCUGACAAUAGAAACCUCCCAAGUACUGAGCUCUGGCAGCUAUACCAACAAUCUAAAGAGCUGAUUGACUACAUCAGGCAGUUGGAGACACCUGACCAGGAUCAGCCACAAAGUCUCAUGUUUGUGCCCAAUACUGCUUUCUACCCUAACACCAUCUGCUUUGGAAAAGUAACCUGGGUGACAAAAGACUCAACAGCAUUGUCCCCUUUAUUCAAUGGUCAGGAAUUUCAGAGGUCAUACCCAAGCCUCACUUCUACCGCAGACAGCAUUGAAAUGUAUCCCCCACUGUUUCUAACCAACCCAUCCAACCUACUGCCCAACGCAUCGACUAACAAUUUAACCAAAAGGAUGCGGGCAGGGCAAAGAGCAAACAUUUUAAGCUCCACGGACCCCCGGACUCUUGUGAUCAAGUUGCAGGGCAUUGGCAGCCAUUUUUCGGACUUCCAACUGUCUGAUCGUAACCUCCAGCUUCACUAUCAAGAAAAAGGCCGCAUGAAAUGCAAAAUAGGAUCAAAAGGAAGUGACUUGGGUCAUUUCACAUGGCCACGAGGGGUGGCUGUGACUCUGGAAGGUGACCUGGUGGUGGCAGACAGCAGUAACCACAGAGUGCAGGUAUUUGACAGGAGCGGUCGUUUCCUUCGCAGCUUUGGGUCAUACGGCAGUGGUGAGGGGGAAUUCGAUUGCCUGGCUGGUGUGGCCAUCAGUAACCAGGGUUGGAUUGUCACUGCUGACCGCUACAACCACAGGCUGCAGCUCUUCGAUCACUUGGGCCACUUCAUCCGGGCCUUUGGUCAUGAAGGAGCCAGAAACGGGCAGUUGAGUUACCCCUGGGGGGUAGCUGUUGAUCGCACAGGCCUCAUCUAUGUCUGUGACAAGGACAACCACCGGCUGCAACUCUUCACCUCAGACGGCCGGUUUGUUCUUAAGUUUGGCCACCAUGGGAUGGGUGAUGGUCAGCUAGAUCAGCCCCAUUAUGUAGCCAUUGGACCACAGGACCAGGUGGUGGUCAGUGACAGCGGCAAUCACCGCAUCCAGAUCUUCGAUAAGUCCGGGAAGUUCCUUAGCAAGUUUGGCAGCGAGGGUACCGCUCUGGGACAGUUCAAGUACCCCCGUGGUGUGGCGGUGGACCACCAGGGAAAUAUUCUGGUGGGGGACAGUGGGAACAAUCGGGUCCAGCUCUUCCGGCAAGACGGAACAUUCUUGCAGGCGUUUGGGAGCUGGGGGACUGGGGAUGGACAGGUCAAAGGACUUGAGGGUGUAGCCUUCUGUAGAGGGGACAUCAUCGUCAGUGACCGUGAGAAUCACAGGAUCCAGAUAUUUUAAACUUGUAAGAACAGUGUAUUUUAACUUUUAUGUUGUUAACCACCAGGGCCCAAAAUGAGAAAGAACUGAUUGCAAAACUAGUAUUUGAAAGAGUGGCUGCAGUUUUGAAAAACAAGUAGCCUAAUACCCAUGAAAUGCUGAAGAUCACAGCAGGUCAGGCAGCAUCCAUGGAGAAAGCGAGGAUUGCAGAUGCUGGAGAGUUAGAGUCGUGAAGUGUGGCGUUAGAAAGCACAGCAAGUCGGGGCAGCAUCCAAAGAGGAAAGUCAACAUUUUGGACAGCAGCCUUUCAUCAGGGGUUAUGCCGGAAAUAUCAACUCUCCUGCUCCUCGGAUGCUGCCUGACCCUUUGUGCUUUUCCAGUGCCACACUUUUUUGACUCAACAUCCAUGGAGAGAGAGCCAGCUAAUGUUUCUGAGUUUAGAAGACUCUUCAUCAGAGUUGAUGUGAAGUGUGGAGGGGACAGCAUUCCCAGCACUUGUUUUCAGUACAGAUUCUAGCAUCAGUAUUAAUUUGUUCCAAAUUAAUACCCAUGGUAGGUAUUGUAAACAAUUGUGUGAACAAGCAGUAUUGAAGUUUGACUUGUAGACAAUUUGGAACUGAGGGUGUGUUCUGAUGCCAUACUUACUGGCAACAAAAAGUUGAUUGGUCUAUGGACUAGUGACUAGCCUUAUCAAUGACAGAGAUCUUUUGCUUGCUAACAACUGAGAGAUUAGUUCUUUGAUGGCUUGGAUCAGCUUGGAACUGGAAGAAAAUUUCAGAGACUUGUGAGACAGAGGUAAAAAAAGAAGUAUGCAAAUCUUCUCCCAGCCCAGAAGUUGCCUAUACUCUGCAGUCACAAUUUAAUUUAAGCCUGAAGAAAAUAGUUAUCUUUCCUGUAGCAGUUGCUAUGACUUGCAACUUUUG